AAUGCACUCCCACUAACGAUUCGGAUUGUCUUUAUUCUUCUUGCAGACAGCGUGAAGUUGCGAGCAGGGUGAAAAUAUGCAGGGUGACACGCAGAAAGCGAAACGAACACGUGUCGCGUCAGCACGAGAGGGAUCGCUUGAAGAGGGCGACAGCAAAGAGUAGCCUACAAAUGCUGCUCUGCAACACUGUGGGGAUCUCAUGGAACUGUGCUAGACCCACAGGCAUGCAAGUGAGCUAACAGUGGACAUAUCUCCUGCUGAGCUGGAUGCCUUGUGGAGGGAACCGCCAUAUGCUCUCGGGGGGACCCACCAACACUUUUCAGGAAAUUACAUCAUGACUGAAGGAGAGGAUGAGGAUGGCCCACAGGUGGAGUCAUUUCAAGGACGUCAGGAGCCAGAAAACUACUGGAAGAAGAAAGAGCCCUUUCUUAGAGGAAGUUGGAUGACACAGGGUGAAAAAUGCUCCUCAGAAAUAAUGCUCUUUUUCACUGGACGCCGACGCUCCAGUGAGGACCCUGACCGGGUUCUCCAGGAGGCCUUGCGCACCCGGCUCCGAGUAGUGGAGAGCAACAGCAAAGAUGUCACCCAGUUGUUUAAGGACCUGUCUGCACGUCUGGUGUCUGUCCAUGCAGAGAAGGACAGCUUUGUCCUCACGUUUAAAACUGUCGAAGAAAUCUGGAAGUUUUCCACUUAUCUAGCAUUAGGUUAUGUGGCACGCUGCUUGGAAAACUUCCUUUGUGAUCAAACCUUCUGGCUGGAGCCAAAACUGCUCAUUGACUUGGAGAUUAAUGUAACAGUAAAUGAGGAUCACCUGGCCACCCUCUACCUGGAGCUUUUACUCCAGGAAGGAUCUUUCUUUGCUAAGGCGCUGUACACAAGAAGUGACGAGGAUGACGAAGAUCAGCUGUCCUUCCAAAAGAAUGAUCUUCUCAUGGUGAAGGACACAGGACAGGAGGAAAUGUGGGAGGGUACGCUGCUCUCCACUGGACGCCAUGGCCUCGUUCCUGUCAACGCCACUCAGCCGCUUCCCUACCCUUUUUACCAGUGGUUCCUGAGGAAUUACCCGGGUUAUGCAGGAUGCUCGCCAACAGAGAAGGAACCAUUUGAUCAUCCACUUGUGACAGGUUCAUGUGUGUCGGUGGUCGACUACAGUCCAAACUUCCAUGAUGAACUCCAGCUCAGUCAAGGGGAUGUUGUGGAGAUUCAGGGUCUACUAAUUCAAGGCCUCCGGGUCUUCAUAGGAAAACACUCCUCCACUGGUUGUACCGGCUUCGUCAACAAGGCCCACGUCAAGCCUCUGGACACCAUUUCCUUAGAUAGACAUUUGGUCUUUCUGACCGAGGAGGAGCGAGCCACGCUGGCUCAGACGGGCCUGUUCAGCUCCGAGCCCUGUGAUAGCAACCUACUGGAAAGGCUCUUCUCAUCAGAUAUCAGUUCUGUGUACAGGCUAGACAGGCUGGAUGAGUCUGACUUCAUGUACAUCAGAAAUCGGCCCAAACGUGAUCACAAGGUCCCUGCAAGCACACGUCAGAGUGUCAUGUCAGAAAAAAGCGGUGGAACGCCCCCAUACCACUCCUCCCCCCGCCCAUCGCUAUCACACUCGUCCCCCCGCGUGUCUGUUUAUCAGUCCCACAAUCCUCUGGCACAGGAGGGAGAGCGCCUGUCCUUCACUCUCGAUGACACAUUCAGGGACCUCAGUGAAUUCCAGGAGGAGCUCCCUCUCUUCUUGGAGGAAACCAGUUGGGAGGGGGACGAGUCAGAAGUUAGUGACCCAACGCUGGCUCUGCUAAACCAUGACCACUUCCAGGAAGAUUUCCUGCCCCUGUAUGACCUUCAAUAUUCCUUCCUGUGGGUGACCUUCAAUGGGAAGGAUGAGGGUGAGCUCUCAGGGCAGCUUGAGAGCGUGAGGGAGUGUGCAAAGAGGAUGGGCAUGCACUGGGCACAUAGGCGAGCAUGCUUUCUUCUGGGAAGACUCUGUGCCAGGAAGCUGAAGCUAUCUCAGGCUCGCGUAUAUUAUGAAGAAGCGCUGAGUGUUGCUGUGGACAAUUUCAGUGACACGCCACUGUUGAUCGCGCUCCUAACCAACCUCACAGCAGUUUACCUGAAGCAGCGUAUGACAGACAAGCUGCCCCUCACCCUGGAAAAAGCCAGCGCCAUGCUGCUCUGUCUUCCUAACCAUACCUACACAUCAUCAGAUGAAAUUGAGCUGCUGAAGCUGCUUCUGAGGAGAUCCAUGGUAAUGGGCGAUAAGUAUCUGGAAGCCCGAGUGUGCUACCUUAUCGCCAGCCUCUUCCUGCUUCUAAGGAAACCCGAUGAUGCGCUUCCCUUUGUUGAGCGCCUCCAGUUCCUCUCCUCAACCCUCUCGGGAAACAAUGGACUUCCUGUAGCACCUCUGGACCUCAACUGGCUCUUGAGCUUGCUCUAUCAUCGUAAAUACAUGCCUCACCUGGUUCUGGCUUCUCUAAGCCUCGAUUCAAGACAAGACCACACACUCCAUGACGCUUUGCAGAGGAUUGAGAGAUUUAUUAGGAACUCAGCUCGCCUGAACCCAUUCUGGAAGGAAGGAACCUCCCUGCUCCCCGCCCAGAUUGUGGUUUAUCUCCUGCAGACACUGGCUAUAGCUGAGAAAGUGAGUGACUUAAAGAUGCAGAGGGACCUUUGUCUCGGCUUGGCCUCAGUUUACCAGCAGUAUGGUGCCCUAGAUAAGGCUGUACAAUGUGCUCAACGAGCAGUGGAGACAGGAGGUUUUAUCAAUGAGGAAGAAGGCUUUGAGGCCUCUGUGCUGCUUGGCUGGCUGCUGGUUUUAACAGGGCAAGCUGAGAAGGCCCAGGGUGUCCUACAGCCACUUCUUAUAUCGCUUGAGGGAACAGAUAGCGCCACUCAAAGAGGCGUCAUCCACAAUCUUUUGGCUUUAUGUCUAAGGCAGCAGGGCUGCAUACCAGAAGCGGGCUGGCAUCUUUACUCAGCUUUGAUGAUAGGCCGCGAAAGUGGAAACCAGAGGAACCAAGCCCUGGCACUGGCCAACCUAGGCUGCCUGGCACUGGAUACAGGGGCGUCGACAUUGGCAGAACACUUCUUGGUCAGAUCCUUGCACCUUUUUCUUAACAUCUGGGAGAGCCCCACAGAUGAGGAGCCUGUGCAGAUCUUCCUUUGGUUGGGGAGGAGCUACAAGAAUAGGGGGAAGAGUCACCACAUCAGGUCCUGUUUUGAAAUGGGACUUCUGAUUGCACUGCAUGCUAGAAACCUGCCCAGUCAGUUAGUGGUGGCCAAAGUCCUGAGUCGACUGUAUUCCGAGAUGCUGCUCUACGGCCAAAGCAUUGUCUAUUAUGAACACUGUGUGUCAGUAGCCAGAGAACUGAAGGACAAAAGACUUGAAGGGGAAUACCUUGAAAUCCUAAGCAGUCUUUACCUUUCACUAAAUACUGAAAGAUCAUCUCGUAAAUCUCUGGAUUACACCAAGCAAAGUCUGAGGAUUUCCAUUGAUUUGGGCAAGAGAGAAGAAGAGUCUGAGACCUGGUUGCAGGUGGGAAGGAUCUAUUACCUCAUCAAGGAGGAUGAGUUGGCUGACAUGUACCUGCAGGCAGCUGUGAAGACAGCACUUAGAAUGAACGACCCCCGUUUUUCGAUGAGCAUCUAUGAAGAAGCGGGGGAUGUCUACUUUAAAGGGCACCGGAACAGAAUGGCAUCAAUACCUUUUUACAGGGAUGGCGGUUUACCAUUUUCCCGAAGUAUCAAAGAUGUCCAUUCAGAGUUCCGCUUGUUGAGUAAACUAACAGAGUUGUUGAUGGACCAGGGGGAGCAGGAAGAGGCUCUGCAAUAUGCUUCACUCGCGGUGGAAAUGGCAAACAAAACCGGUAUGUGUAUGAACGAGAGGACAGCGUACCAUCGACUGGCGACAGUUUACUACAGCCUUCAGGACUACGAGCUGGCUGAAAACUACUAUCUCAAGUCCCUGUCUCUCUGUCCGCCUGUCAUGCAACACCAAAUGGAGGCUCGCUACUACACUCAGGUCUACUGCAGGCUGGGAAACCUCACUCUGCACAAACUCAAGGAUUCUUUAGACGCGUUGGGUUAUUUCCACCUUGCUCUGGCAGCUGCCCUGGAGGAUCGAGCGAACCCCCAGGCUCUGUACGUCGUGUAUAUGAAACUGGCGGAGAUCCACAGCAACCACGUGCCUGACGUCCAGCUAUGCCAGUUGUACAGCGACAGAGCCCAUAGCCUGAAGAGAGUACUAUCAGGAGCAGGGGACUCUGCUGUGAACAACAAUAUUGGAAAAGAUACUAGUGCAGACUGUGACGGUGACUCAUUCCAAAAAACUUGCAGGAUGCAAAUAGAUACCAACAGCGACAAUGAAAUUAUUAAUGAAGUUGAUGACGGGAGAGAGGAUGACUGCAUUCCACCUCCGGACAUCUCGGCAUUUAUCACCAGUCAGUCUUACUGCGAGAGUAUUUUGACUGACUCCUUUGACACAGCCAGGGAGCACAUGUCGGACUCUUGCAGCUCCACGGACACUGUGCAAACUUCCCCGAAACAGAUAAAUGGGAACGACUGGACCUCAAGUAAUAUCAGUUUCCAUUCUGAGAAGGAAACGGUCAUGGAUCCUCAUCUUGAGGAGAAAGAUGCCACUCAGAUAGACAGCAGUGCAGAUAACUUUCCAUCCUGAGUGGAUUCACAUGGACCUCCACACACACCAAAAAAAAAAAAAAAAAAUCUGUGGCACUUUAAGUUCUUAAUUUCUUUUUUCUAGUCAUGUGUCUGAGCCGAAUAGAAUGUUCGAACAAAAUGGCACUUGUUGUACAGAACAAGAAAAAAAAAUCAAUUGGGUGCCUUUUUAUGAUGUAGUUAGCAUAUUAGAAUAUUGUUGCAAUUUUCUACAUCUUUUAUACCUCUGUGACAUGUCCAAGCCUAAAUCUAUGAGUAUACCCUUCAAAAGAUGACAAUAUCAAUAAAUUAUUUUGAUGUAAUAUUGUCACUGAGGACACUCAAUCAUUAUUUUGUGCUUUUCACUCACGAUACUUUUUUUUUUAAUUACUGUAUUCCUCGGUUGGACUACGAAGACUUGAAUUAGGUCAAGUUCAUAUUUUUAAAUUUCAGACAAGGGGUUCUGUCACCACAUAAGCCUUGUGAUUAAUUGGUCUGCCUCUCCUUUGAGGUACAGGGUUCAGAUUUCAGCUCACGGCCUUGUGCUUGUGUGGGUUUUCUCCAUGUACGACGGUUUCCUCCCGGAUUCCAAAUGCAUGCACAUUAAAUUAAGUGAUGUAUCAAAAAUUCUCUAGCCUUGGGCCUGCUUAUAUAUUUGGAAUAGAACUGAUUCCUGGCACUCAUCCAAUGGGGG